AAGGAAUCAUAAUCUGAAUAUAUACUUUAACAAGCAGCAAUUUUUUUUAGUUUUAGUACGUUAUACUUCUAACAUAUACUUCUUCUUUUGACCUGUGCUUUUAGAACAUUGCUCAUAUUUUAAAUUUAGUUCUGGGAUGAUUAUAACCUCCACGUGUGAUGCUUAUAUCAGAGAGCUCUUGUUCCAUGAUGCGUUUAAACCGUACAUAAACUAUUAUCUUUGGUAAUGGGCAUCUAAUUCUGUUUUGUUCUUUUGCUUUAUCUAAUGAUUUAAAGAUGAGCCUAGUUAACUUGCAGCAGUGGGCUACUGCCAGAUGGUUUUCAUCAAUCUUGUGGUUUUCCUUCAUUCCCCUGUUGCUUUAUAGUUCUUUGCAGCAUUCUGAGAACGCGGGAAGCAUUUGUACACCAUGUUUGCAAAAAGUCAACUACUUUUGCAGUUUUUGACAUCUAAAGAGCUAUUAGGCUCUUCGAGUGGUGAGCUUAGACGGAAAAACUAAAAGGGAGUUGCUGAUUCAAACCAGUGAUCUUUCUUCAGCAGCUCUUUUUUAGGGUGUUUGUGAGUUGUGAACCGAGAGAGGUUUUGGUUGGGGAAAUGGUGGCUGAGGCCAGCUUGGAUGCACAAAGGACUUAAACUGAGAUGACAGGAUCAAGAAGUGAUGAUCCAGCAGUUCAAGGUCCUGAAAAUACCCAAGAAACGGAUGACAGGCAGCAGGAUUCCAACAGGGGCAAGGCGAAGCAUGAAAGCAAUAAAACAGUACCCUUUUACAAACUUUUCUCAUUUGCAGACUAUUGGGAUUGUCUUCUGAUGCUUGUUGGGGCAAUAAGUGCUGUUGCUAAUGGAAUCGUUAUGCCUUUAAUGACUAUACUUAUUGGAGAUGCUAUUGAUGCUUUCGGAGGAAAUGCUGAUAAUAAACAAGAAGUAGUUCAUGAAGUAUCCAAGGCAUCUAUGAAGUUUGCAGCCAUAGGUGCAGGUGCCUUUUUUGCAGCAUUCUUCCAGGUAUCUUGCUGGGUGAUCACUGGGGAGAGACAAGCUGCAAGAAUAAGAGGCUUAUACCUCAAAGCAAUUUUGAGGCAAGAUAUCAGCUUCUUUGACAAGGAAACCAACAGUGGCGAGGUUGUUGGAAGGAUGUCAGGGGACACAGUUCUUAUUCAAGAAGCCAUGGGAGAGAAGGUAGGAAAGUUCAUACAGCAUCUGUCAUGUUUUUUAGGAGGCAUAGUCAUAGCCUUCGUCAAGGGUUGGCUUCUGAGCCUUGUCCUUCUAUCUUCUCUUCCUCUUCUAGUCUUGUCUGGCUCCUUAAUGAGCUUAGCUUAUGCAAAGAUGGCAUCUAGAGGACAAGAAGCUUAUUCUGAAGCAGCAACUGUAGUGGAUAAGAUAAUUGGUUCAAUUCGAACUGUUGCGUCAUUUACUGGUGAGAAACAAGCUAUAGCUCAAUACAAUCGAUACUUAACUAAAGCUUACAGAAUUGGAGUUCAAGAGGGUGUUGUGAGUGGUUUUGGCUUGGGUUUAAUGCAUUUAUUUUCAAUCUGUACUUACGGUUUGGCAACAUGGUUUGGAGGGAAGAUGGUACUGGAUAAAGGUUACACAGGAGGACAAGUCAUCUGUGUAUUUUCGUUAAUAUUGUCCGGUUCCUUUCGUCUGGGGCAAGUAUCUCCAAGCUUAACUGCAUUUGCUGCAGGCCAAGCUGCUGCCUUUAAAAUGUUUGAAACAAUAGAACGGCAGCCGGAUAUUGAUGUUUGUGACACUGGUAGUCGACAGCUAGAUGAUAUUUCCGGAAAUAUUGAACUUAGGGAGGUCUGCUUUAGUUAUCCUUCCAGACCAGAUGAAUUGAUAUUCGAUCGAUUUUCCAUUUCAAUAUCAAGUGGCACUACUGUAGCUUUGGUAGGGCAAAGUGGGAGUGGGAAAUCAACAGUUAUAAGUUUAAUUGACAGAUUUUAUGAUCCAAACGCUGGUGAAGUUCUCAUUGAUGGUAUCAACCUCAGAGAAUUUCAAUUGAAGUGGAUCAGACAGAAAAUUGGCCUUGUCAGCCAGGAGCCAGUUCUUUUUACUUGCAGCAUUAAAGAGAAUAUUGCCUAUGGAAAGGAUGGGGCAACAGAUGAAGAAAUCAGAGCUGCAGCUGAACUUGCAAAUGCUUCUAAUUUCAUAGAUAAACUUCCUCACGGACUUGACACAAAGGUUGGCGAGCGUGGACUUCAGAUCUCUGGAGGUCAAAAACAAAGAAUAUCUAUAGCAAGAGCAGUACUGAAGGACCCAAGAAUUCUGCUCCUUGAUGAAGCCACAAGUGCUCUUGAUGUAGAAUCAGAGAGAGUGGUGCAGGAGACACUAGACAUAAUUAUGAUCAACAGAACAACUGUCAUUGUAGCCCAUCGCUUAAGCACGAUCAGGAAUUCUGAUAUCAUUGCAGUUAUUCAUCAAGGAAAACUACAAGAAAAAGGUUCAUAUGCUGAACUUACUAAUGAUCCUGAUGGAGCUUUUAGCCAGCUCAUUAGAUUGCAAGAAAUUAGAAGCGAGUCAGAACAGCAUGAUGCAAACGAAUCGGGCCGGCCAGAAAACUUAAUAGAUUCUGAACAACAAUUGAGCCAACAAUUUUCUUUGCCUCUAGCAUUCAGCCAUCAAUCAUCUGGAAGAGAAAACAGAAGUCAGCACGCAUUCAAAACGUCCAAUGCCAUGCCUAUCACACCAGAUCGCUUUCAAACACCAAAAGAAUGGCCUGAAGUUCUUCCGUCGGCAACAUUGCAUAAGCCUCGAGAAGUUUCGUUUUUCCGCAUUGCUUAUCUUAACAAACCUGAAAUCCCAGUGUUACUGAUGGGGGCUCUGGCAGCUGCUGCAACUGGCGCAAUACUACCCACCAUGGGGUUUCUUCUUUCUCACUCGAUAAGUACUUUCUUUGAGCCUGCAGAUGAACUCCAUAAAGAUUCAAAGUUUUGGUCUUUACUAUUUUUUUCCCUCAGUGUUGCCUCCUUCAUAUUUCAUCCGUUAAGGUCUUACUCUUUCGCGGUAGCCGGUUCUAGGUUGAUAAAAAGGAUCCGCCUGAUGUGUUUUGAGAAAAUAAUUCACAUGGAAAUGGGCUGGUUUGAUAAAGAUGAAAAUUCAUGUGGAACACUUGGAGCAAGGCUGUCAACUGAUGCAGUUUCUAUUCGAACAUUGGUCGGGGAUGCUCUAGGUUUGCUUGUUCAGGAUAUUGCUACAACAACUACAGCAUUGGCAAUUGCCUUUGCGGCAAACUGGCAGCUUUCCCUCAUUGUUGUUUUCUUAGUACCUCUCUUAUUACUGAAUGGAUAUGUUCAAAUGAAGUCAAUGCAAGGAUUCCGAACUGAAGCAAAGAAACUGUACGAGGAAGCAAGUCAAGUAGCAAAUGAUGCAGUAGGGAAUAUAAGAACAGUUGCCGCUUUCUGUGCUGAAGAGAAGGUGAUGGAAUUAUACCAGAAGAAAUGUGUAGGGCCAAUCCAGACAAGUAUAAGGCAAGGUUUAGUCAGCGGAACAGGUUUCGGUUUAUCACUCUUCUUUCUGUUUUCAGUUAACGCCUGCAGCUUUUAUGCUGGAGCAAGACUCGUUCAGAAUGGCAAAGCGUCAUCAUCAGAUGUUUUCCGUGUAUUUUAUGCCCUCAUGAUGGCAGCUAUAGCAAUGUCACAAUCUAGUUUCAUGACUCCAGCUGCUAGUAAAGGAAAAAGCUCUGUUGCUUCUGUAUUUGCCAUUCUUAAUCAGAAAUCGAGAAUAGAUCCCAGCGAUGAGUCCGGAAUGACAUUGGAAGAAGUGAAGGGAGAGAUUGAGUACAGUCAUGUCACUUUCAAGUAUCCAACCAGGCCAAAUGUUGUUGUACUCAAAGAUUUUUCCUUGACCAUUCAAGCCGGAGAGACAGUUGCUCUAGUUGGUGAAAGUGGAAGUGGAAAGUCAACAGUGAUCUCAUUAUUACAAAGAUUUUACGAACCAGAAUCAGGUCAGAUUACAGUGGAUGGAACAGAAAUCCAAAAGCUAAAACUUAGAUGGUUUAGGCAGCAGAUGGGUCUGGUAAGCCAGGAGCCUGUGUUGUUUAAUGAUACCAUUCGAGCCAAUAUUGCAUAUGGAAAAGGUGGUGAUGCAACAGAAGCUGAAAUUAUAGCUGCAGCAGAAUUGGCAAAUGCACACAAGUUCAUUAGCAGUUUGCAGCAGGGCUAUGAUACAUUGGUGGGAGAGAGAGGGAUUCAACUAUCUGGAGGGCAGAAGCAGCGGGUGGCAAUUGCAAGAGCCAUAAUGAAGAAUCCAAAAAUAUUACUACUAGAUGAAGCCACAAGUGCACUUGAUGCCGAGUCUGAAAGAGUGGUCCAGGAUGCACUUGAUCGAGUGAGGUUGGACAGAACCACCAUUGUGGUGGCUCAUAGGCUAUCAUCCAUAAAGGAUGCAGAUUCAAUUGCAGUGGUUAAAAAUGGAGUCAUUGAAGAGAAAGGAAAGCAUGAGACCUUGAUUAACAAAUGUGGUACAUAUGCUUCUUUAGUUGCACUGCAUAUCAGUGUUGCUUCAUCAUAGACCCUUUUAGUUCAUUCCACCAAUUAUCUUAUAGCUUGUUAAAUAUUUGCUUUAUGUAUUUGUCAUUCUGUUUUUGCUCUCCCAAUAAUUAUAAUUAUAAUUAUAGUUGCACUGCA